AUGUCCACAACAUCCCAAAGGAGUUCUUUGACUUUGUUAUCUCAGAGCGUGAAAGUGAAGAAGUUCAGGAAAGGGAUCCUUGGGGCUGGCACUGUGUCAGACAAUCAGAGGCAAGCCCUUCAGUGUGGCCAGGUCCUGAAAGGUGUAUCAGGGACUCUGCCUCCAAGAGGGACCCAGCCCUGGAUUGUGGCAAAUCUGAGCUACCCUUCUGAACUUGUCCUCUUGGGCUUCUCCUCCCUCGGGGAACUGCAGGUCCUUCUGUGUGGGCCCUAUCUCCUUUCCUUCAUGGGAAACACCAUCUACGUAGUCAUGGUCAUAGCUGACACCCACCUACACCAGCCCAUGUACUUCUUCCUGGGCAAUUUUUCCUUGCUGGACGUCAUGGUGACCAUGAUGGUGGUACCCUGGAUGCUCUCAGACAUGCUGGUCUCCAACAAAGCCAUCUCCUUCACUGGCUGCAAGGUCGAGUUCCACUUUUACUUUUCCUUGAGUUCCACCUCCUUCUUCACCCUUGACCACUUACUGGCCAUCUACUCACUGCAUUACAGUACUUUGAUGAACUGGGCUGUGUGAGCUCGGCUGAUGCGGGCUGCCUGGCCAACCCCUUUCCUAGCCAUGGUCCUCACUGUCCUUCUGAGAGGAACUCUCAACUAUUGUCAUGGCCACAUCAUUAACCACUUCUGUGACAACAUACCUCUGCUACAGUUGUCCCGCUCAAACAACCUGCUGGAAUUCUGGGACUUUCUGAUGGCCCGCUCCCUUCUAGUGCCCCUCAUCUCUUAGGGCUACAUCAUGACCACUGUGCCGAGAAUCCCCUCAGGCAGCAGCUGCCAGAAGGCUUUCUCCACAGGUACGUCUUAAUUCACUCUGGUCUACAUCAGCUACAGUAGCACUAUCUUCCCAUAUGGCAGGCCUGGCAAGGCACACUCUGUGGACGUCAACAGGGGAAACUUGGUGAUGGCCAUCCUCGCCCCCUUCCUCAGUCCCUUCAUCCUUACCUUCUACAAUGAGGUGGUCAAGGUUGUGCUCCAGGGGUGGAUGCCGAGACUGAAACGCCUUCACAAAGCACUGUGCUGA